UUCGUAUGUGCUUCAGAGCGGAGUUAACCGCCAAGUAAGUUACAUUUUGCCAUGUCAUAACUGAGGAGUUGAAGCACAGUUUACGAGUAGAAUAGUGGCAUUUUUUUUAAUUUUUAGAUUCAAAUGUCGUUGGAUAUGCGCUCUGAAAUGAGAGCGUGUUGUGUUUUCGAAGGGAAUUCCUUGUGACUUUUUUGAGCCGCUGUUAUUAUCACUGUAAAGCUAACGUUACACAGCGAAGCCUCAUGUUUUCGUCAAGCCAGGAGGAGCACUGCGCCCCGUCCAAAGACCCAGUGAAAUACGGAGAGCUCGUGGUGUUGGGGUACAAUGGCUCUCUGCCCAAUGGAGAUCGGGGUAGACGGAAAAGCAGAUUUGCGCUAUACAGGAGGACCAAAGCCAAUGGUGUUAAGCCGAGCACUGUGCACAUCCUCAACACACCCCAGGCCAGCAAGGCUGUGAACUGUAAAGGCCAACACAGCAUCUCCUACACACUGUCCAGGAACCAGACGGUCGUGGUGGAGUACAGCCAUGAUAAAGAUACAGACAUGUUUCAGAUUGGGCGUUCCACAGAGAGUCCCAUAGACUUUGUGGUGACGGACACCGUAGCAGGAGGCCACGAGGGAGAGGAGACUCCCAUCACGCAGAGCACCAUCUCCCGCUUCGCCUGCCGAGUUGUCUGUGAGCGUAACCCCCCCUUCACCGCCCGCAUCUAUGCAGCUGGAUUUGACUCCUCAAAAAACAUCUUUCUUGGGGAAAAAGCUGCGAAAUGGAAAAACCCAGAUGGUCACAUGGACGGCCUGACGACAAAUGGAGUCCUGGUCAUGCACCCCCGGGGUGGAUUCACAGAAGAGUCCAAGCCCGGCGUAUGGAGAGAGAUCUCCGUUUGUGGAGAUGUUUACACACUGAGAGAGACCCGCUCUGCACAGACCCCAGGGAAACUGGUGGACAAUGAGAGUAAUAUACUGCAGGAUGGCUCCCUGGUGGAUCUUUGUGGAGCUACUUUGCUGUGGCGUACAGCAGAGGGCCUGUUCCACACUCCCACCCAAAAGCACCUGGAGGCUCUCAGGCAGGAGAUCAACGCAGCACGGCCCCAGUGCCCGGUUGGUCUCAACACUCUGGCUUUCCCCAGCAUGCAGCGCACCCGCGCCCUCUCCUCCCUGGAGGAAAAACAGCCUUGGGUCUACUUGGCAUGUGGCCACGUGCACGGGUACCACAACUGGGGCCACCGUUCAGAGCAGGAGGCCAACCCGGAGCGAGAGUGUCCCAUGUGCCGCAUGGUGGGGCCCUAUGUGCCACUGUGGCUGGGCUGUGAGCCGGCCUUCUACGUGGACGCGGGUGCACCCACGCACGCGUUUGUGCCAUGUGGACACGUGUGUUCAGAGAAAUCUGUGAAGUACUGGGCGGACAUCCCUCUGCCACACGGCACCCACGCUUUCCACGCCGCCUGCCCCUUCUGCGCCUCGCAGCUCAGCCUCACUAAGGGCUGCGCCAAGCUAAUCUUCCAGGGCCCGGUGGACUGAGCCGUAGGUGCUGCUUCAGCAGAGAAGAUGACAUUGGGAAUGUCACCAUGCUGUGAAACCGUUCCGAUUAUUUUGUGCUUUCUUUUGUUCGUGUCAGCCAGCGGUGGAAAGGAGUAAGUCUUCUAAACCUCUGGUAAUAUAUUAUGGAUUCUGCACAACACAGAGCCAUUACACAUUGUUCAUGGCCUCUUGUGGGUGGCCAGUGGCCACCGUGGGAUACAGAGAUGUGGUGCGAGUCGGACCACAGAUCCCCGGACUGAAAUACUGUUUCCAGCUGUCCUUCCAAAACGACUGCUUUUAAAAUGGCCCGAGCACUGGGCUCUUGAAACUACAAUAGGUUUUCCACCAGUGUGCAGCAGGAAUAGGGUGGAAUCAACUGUUAUGAAUGUGAGUGAACCUGAUCAUAGUGAGCAGAGGUAGAUGGGCCAGUUGACAGAGAAAACGGGGGAAGGGUCUGAGACAAAGUUUUUACAAAGCCUGACAGCUGGACUGUUGGCUGGAUGCAAGACCAGAACAAAUCUGGAGUCUAAUUUUAAUGGCAAAACAUGUUAAGUGCUGCCCUAUGACCCCCCCCCCCCCCCCUCAGCCUUAACCCUUAAUCUAGACCAUGCAGCUCCCCAAGAGUGGCUUCCGUUUGCUGAACAAUCUGUCAGAGGGGGUAUUUUUUCUUAACAGUGGACAUAUUUUUUCAUGAAUAAGAGAGCUAUUUUGUUGAAGACAAAGACGGAGGCAAUUUUACACACAGAGGACGUAAAGACACGUCAGCCCGCGACGGAUUCUUCGCCACAUUUUUAUCUUGACAGAAGAGGUAUUUUACUACACUGAGGCCCUUGUACUGUUUCAUAAUGCAAAUGUUAAUAUAUUUUUCUCCUGCGUAAAUAAUAUUUGCGAGAAUGUUUGAGUGAAUGUGUGACUGUUUGUGUGUGUGUGGGGUGGACCAUGUGGGUGCCCGCAAGCUUUUUAUUUGAAAUGAUCUGAAUCGUUUCCUCCUCCCCCCCCGAUCCCGUCUCUAUGAUCUUGCCCACCACUCAAAAGAGAGAACACAGGAAUUAAACCAAGCUAGUAGUGUUUGACAAUGAAUGUACUGAAACACGUCGGCUCGCCUCACUGGUGCUGCUUCAAUCAGACAACUUGCUUUCUUAAUGGCUGCACUGUUUAAAGUACAGGUGAGGCCUGUUUGGCAACAUCCAGCGGACAUAAUCACGCCUGCUUGCAAGGCUGCUUGCUUGCUAUGUGCUCGCCCUACACGUACUUUGUUCAGACUAGAGCUGCGACUAACAGUUCUUUUCAUAAUCGACGAGUCUGUCGAUUAUUUUCUCGAUAAAUCGAUCCAUCAAAUAUCAGAAAAUCGGUGUUCGUCAAACCUGGACAUGAUGAUGUUCUCAAAUGUCCAAAAUGAUUGACUUUUAAUGAUUUUCUUUUUUAUCCGGAGCAAAGAAAUGAAGAAAAUAUUCACAUUUAAGAAGCUUAAACAAUCAGAGAUAUUGUUUUAAUCAUGAAAACAGCUUCAAAAUUGAUAAAUCGAUGAUCAAAAUAGCUGUCGAUUAAUAAUCGAUUCAUCGUUCCAGCUCUAGUUCAGACAUCACUGUCUUUAGCUUUAUCUCAUGCUAGGUGUGAUCCAAUGACCUGUAACACUCUUAAACCCCUGAACACAGAUUAUACCAAAUAUAAGGAGAGCCUGUUUUCUCUCCACAUGCAAGACGUUAAACCCAAAUUGCUGCUACGGUUUCCGAGCGUCGGCAGUUAUGUGUUCCCGUCGAGGCCUACGCGCAGCAGCUCCAUGGAAAUAAUGAUAUUAUUAUCAUACAUGUCGUUGUGUGCGAGUGAGUCCAGUUGUCAAAAAAAAAACAAAGUAGCAGGUAAAUUGAACGGAAAGGAUUCGAGGACAAAUCUAUGCAUUAUUCUGCGACAUAAGCUUUUCACACUGUGCCCAUAUGUCUCGUGUAUAUAUAUCGUCAAAGGCGUCAGAUCCUGACUCUAGUUUAUCAAAUGCAAUAGGUUUGAGUUUUGAGUACGGUCACGUUUCUUAUUCUAGCAUUACAGUGUUCUUCGUUGGAGGUAUCGCUGAGGGACAGAGUCCACCAUGAUUAAAGGCUCCUGGGGCAAAAAAGAGACGACAUCUCAGCUGCAGUAGUGGACUGAAGGAUUUUUUUUUUUUUCCGGUUUCUCCCCCAAGAGGAACAAACUCGGCAUUCUUAAAUAUAGUAUCGGCCGCAUUGUGCUUCGCUCAUGACACGGAACAUUUCCGAAGUUGCUCGAUGUCACGUACGAAGCCACAUUACUGUACAGUAGCAUUCCUUUUUUAAGACUUCCAGCUCCAACACUGUGCCCGUCGUUGCUUCAGACUGUGUUCUGUAACAGCUGCAGAGUAGCUGCCUCAAACAUUCCUCCUUGGUAAACAUGGGUGGGGCCCUCGGUUCACCCAAGGGCUUGUUCUAUGAUUUAUUCUCCAACAGGAACUCUGUACACAAGCCAUAGAACGCACUGAUGCUCCAUAUGCCUCCUUUUUUUUUUUUUUUUCUGUGCAAAGAAUUAAAAUAUUUUUUAAAAAUGUG